GUUGCCAACGCUCGCAACAUGGGCGAGCAGCUCACCCGCGGCGCAGUGAAAUACACGGACCUCGCGCACAUUGUUCUGCAUUGCUUGGGGGUUGAUAGUGCGCAUGCCCCGACGUUGACCCCUGGGAAGAUGAAGAAUAGAAUCAAGGAGAUGGUUGCGGACCGCCACGGGGAGCAUGUCGGAGGGCCAGCAGGCGACGCCAAGCUGCCCGUGGCCUUACUCCCAUCAGUAUUCAAGUUCUUCUGCGACGUGGACAUUUCCAUGGGCGAGGUGCAACAGAUAACGUCCCAGCUGCGCAUUCCCCGGGAGCUCGCGGUGGCGUCUGCGGGGGCAGACGGGGGCGGCGCCGUCGCCCCGUUCAGCCCUGACGUCUACGACGGGCUGACGCGCGACGAGAUGAAGGAGUGCUUGCGCGCCAGGGACGCUCGGGUCUUGGAGCUCGAGCGGGAGGCCAGGGCUGCCAGGGAGACAAACAGGAGCCUGGUGAGAAGGGGGGCGUACAUGGAGCAAAGGGCCGCCGAGCUCAUGGCCGCCAUCGUGCAGCUGCGCGACGAGCAGCAAGCCAUCAUGCAACGCGUCCGCUUCCGUAGCGGCUUCCGUGGCAACAUCUCCCUGAUCGGGGGCUACACGCUGGCAUUGCGGCGGAACGCCGCCCACGCAGGCGCCGCGGCCACCGCGGCGAUGGUCGCAGGUGACGACUUCCACGGGGCAGUCACGGACAGGCGCACGGUCUGGCAAUUUGAACACAGAGCCGCGGCCGCCAUUCGGUGCCGCGCGCGCGCUGCCAUGGCCACCCCCGAAGGCGCCAGGCCCCGGUGCGAGGUGAUCCAGUUUCGGUGCGACGCGACGCACCAUCAGGCCCUCGACAAGGAAAAGGUGCAUGCGUCGCAGCUGGUGCACAGGCGGGCGCCCAUGCUGGCUGCGACCACAGCCCAGGCCGUCAAUUUCGGGGACAUGGCGCAGACGCACAAGGUGGCCUGCGACUUGCAAGUGGUAAGGGCAGGCACCGCCCAAGAGACGUACAACAACGUCAAGAAGGAAUUGGCGUCCGUGGGCUGCCCCAAUUGGGAGGAGCGCUGCAUCGGCGCAGACGCAGAGAGGAACUCCAUCUGCGUCUUCGUCUUCGGCGUCGACGCGGGCCCAGACAACCAGGGCAUGGCCCCCAUGCUGACCACGGCCCUCCACGGAGUGCCGAACGUGUGCUUCAUCAUGACGUUCUGUUGCGCUCACCAGGCCCACCUGGUGAUCCUGGCCGCGCUGCAGAUCCUGGAGGGCUUUGACUGGGGCCCUGGCGCCGUUCAGCCAGCCGCGCCAGCGCCAGCGCCCAUGCCUGGGGCGCCCCCCGCGGGCGCCGCUGCCGCGCCAGGGCCAGCGGCAGGGGCCGAGGGGGUCGUCGUGCCUGCCGACGCGGCGGUGCCAGGUCAUAGAAAUGGCGGGUGGAAAUACUGGAGUUCGGUGGCGACAGUGGCAAACGUGUGGCGUUCCGCAGGGGCGGCCGUGAAGCUGAGGGGCGCGGCGGCGCGUCUGUACGACGACGCAACUGCGCAGCGGCAUUUCGGGAAAAUGCCAGGCCGCCCCUUGAAGGGCAGGUGGGGCAGGGUGGAUGCCAUUGAAGGGAUCCUGCGCAGCGGGAGGGAAGUCCUGGGCCCAGUGUUCGGGCGGGUGUUCGGAGAAGCAGUCCAGAAGGCGAAGGCCAGGGCGAAGGCGGGCCAGAAGAGACAGCGAGUUGCGCCACCACCUGGGGGCGAUGAGGAGGAUGCAUACAAGGAGAUGAUGAAGAACUACAGGGCCGUUGCGGUGAAUGUGACCAACAACCAGUUGUUCCUCGCCCUGGUUUACAUCUCCCACGCAGCCAAGGCCCCAGUCAUGCAUUUCUUCUCGUGGUUGCAGAAGCAGGUGAGGCUUCACAACCAACGGCUCGCAGCGGCCGAGAGGGAGCGCCGCACUUACUUGGGCCCGACCCCGCUGAGCAAUAUGAUGGCGGGGCAGGUCGCCGCUACCAUGCAGGGCAUGGAGAACCUUCUCACGGAUGCAGCGUCAACGGCCGAGAAUGCGUGGGGCGGCUUGUGGCCGCUCCUACCCAAUGAGGCGCACCGCGCCCGCGCCGUGGCGCUGAUUGUCCGCCUCGUCCUGGCGAUGGCCGCGUCGUGGCAGCACAGGUUUGUCGCUAGACAGGAUGACUUCCCCUACCUCUUGCUCAGGAUCCCGCUCGCCUCGGACAGGAUGCAGAUAAAGAAGAGCCAGAAGCUGUCCGUGGAAGAAUGCUUGGAACUACACAAUGAUGUGAUGGGGUUCGCGGGGUCGCCCGAACAGCUGGCCCGCUUUGAGGAGGGGCCGCCCGAGAGGGUCCCUGCCCCAGCGGGGGCGCCCGAUUGCCCCCACCAGAAGGGCGCGCUGGCUGUGCUUGCCGCGCGGUACGCGCUGUCCAUCCAUAGGACUGUCCUUGCAGAUGUCACUGUCGUCUUGGACGCGCCCGACUUGCAGCCUUUCGUGGUCUGCUGGAGUUAUGGUUCCGUCCCGUGGGUUGCGACGGGCAGGCUUGUCGGCCACGGCUUGUUCCAGUUCUUCCAACUUUCGGCGCCGUUGAAUGUGGUGCCUUUGAUGGACGUUCUCCUACGGUCUGGUUGCCUUCUCGCCGACGCCGCUGGCGGGGCUGCGAAUCCUGCGACGCGGACCCAGAUCACGCUGCGGCGCCGCUGCGUCGCGUGGGAGCAGAACUUCACGGCCCGCGUCCUGGAGGGCGCUGAGAUGGAGCUCACGUUCAACCCCGCGAAGAAGCCACCCAAUAGGAAGAAUCGGCCCGCGCCGCCGCGGGGCGCUGGGGGGCCAGGGGCGCUCGGCGACGCUGGCGUCGGAGGCGCAGGGGCCGACGCGGGCGACGUGGAGGGCGAGGGGGCCGACGACGCGGAGUUGGAGGCUUGGCUGGAGUACUUGAUGGAAAGCGGAGAGGACCCGCUCCACGGACCAGGGGCCGCCGAUGACCCCGAAGUUGGGCUCGACGCCGAGGACGCCGAGGACGCAGAGGAGCGCUUGCUGGACGAGUUCGGUGAUGGCGACGCCGAUGAUGGUGAGCCCCCCGCGCCUGACGCGCCUGGCGGCGUGUUUGCCGACGGCUACGAACCGCCCGACAUGGCGACGAUUCGCGCAGCGUGCGUCGCCAGAGGGCGGGAGGUCACGCUGGCAGACAGGUGGGCGGGCGCCAUGUCCAACGCCACGCACCCAAUGACGCACGGCGUGAUCUCCUUGAUUGAGUUCGAGGACGCGGUCUCGUUCGUGCGCUGGGAGAAGACAGCGGGCGAGGCGCGCCCAAUCAAGUUGGACGAGUUCAACCGCGUCAAGGCUCUAGUCUUCUUCACGCGGGACGACGUGCUGAAGAUGAGCGAGAAGCCGCAUCGGGUGCUCGUGCGGGACACGGGCGUCCCCAUGAUCAAAACCAUUGGGGGCAAGAAAGAGAGGCCCCAGAUGGUCGCGUCGGCCUUGCUGCUCAAACAGAAGGCCGAAGUGGCUGCCUUCUGCGGCCCGCGCCUCAAGGACACCGUCACGGGGGAAUGCCCCCUCUGCGACGGGCACCUCAAGGAGGAGUUCAAACUACCGCCGCUCGGUGACUACUAUGUGUGCACGAUGUGCCUGACCCCGUGGCACGUCGCGUGUGCGCGGGAGGUGGAUAAGGACGUUCAGUUCACCAACUACGUAU